CAAAAAACUUAUCUGGUGAUAGUACUACUUACAAUACGAUUUACCUCAAUGAAACUUGUAUGCAAAUGGACCAGUUAAUGUCAAAAUGCGAAGACUACGAAGAUUUACUAGUGUUGUUAGUGACACAUAGAGGCGCUAUGUACCUACAUAACUUGGUGACGGCAAUCAAAAUGUUACAAGCGUUCGUGGAACGUGAUGUUACCAGGAAUAUGCAACCUGACAAAGAAGACAUAUUUGCCGGAUAUCAUCAAAUAUUUAAAACAACACAAACAGACUCUAAAGAAUGUAGAGCUAAUACAAACCUAAUUGGAACUACAAAGAGUGCAAUCCAAAACACUGAUCAACACUCUAUAUCAAAGGUAGUAUCAGCAACUGAUAUUACUGCAGAUGAACAAUCAAUAUCUUCGCCCGAAACUUCUGGUCUGGCAAAGGAAAUAUCCACCAAUGUUCCACAAAGCGGGAACACAGCAUUGGUAUUGAGCAAUGAGAUUGGACUAACACCAACACAACUUGACAUUGUUCAAAGAGCGAAGGAUGAAGUUCUAGUACAUUUUGAAAAUCCAGCUAAUAAGCAUUAUCUGGAAUGUAGGCAGCAUAGUAUGCCUGUGGCUGAAGCAAUAGUCAGAGAUGAGAGAUACGACCUCCUGCUACAUGACCUCUAUGAAAAUAGAACUAAGUUAGAUCCUGAAUCAGCAUGCCAUGUAGUAAUCGCACUGGAUGUACUAAAACACAAACACUAUAGGUUACUCAGUGGAAUAUUGAGACAUCUCCUUAAAAUACCACUAUAUGAAGAUAUACCAACAGGAAACCAUUAUGGGAAACUGUUACUUAAAGCAUGCCAAUGCUUUAUAAGAGCAGGAUUUUAUGAUAGCCCAUUAUAUUCUAAAGUGUACACGGAGAUAUACAGGAAGAGGAUAGAAUACAAUAUAAACCUAGAUAAAGAAGCCAUACUUGAGUCCUUGAGGCUGUUCUCUAACGUAGAUACAUACGAUCCUUUGGUAUUCAAAGAAGCAGCAAGGGUCAUUACACGUAUGCAUCUCAACUCAACCGAAAUCGCAGAUAUCGCUAGUGCCUAUGCAGCACAUCGCAAUUAUACAAAAGUACAUGAUGAUGUUAUGGUGUGGACAUCAAGGCAAUUGGCAGAACGUAUUGAAGAAUUCGACACGCCAGAUAUUGCCAGAUGUGUACAUGUCUUUUCAAAAAUGAAAUUGUAUUUUAAACCCGCAUACGAUGCCAUAGCUAACCGUAUAACGGAAGAACUAGAAACUGCCACAAGAAGAUUUGCAAAGACUACAUUGACAAUACCACAAAUUGCUAUGAUAACGCAGCACGUAUCCAACUUUGCACCGAAAACGCCAACUACACUCAAUUUGAUACAAAAGGUGCUACUCUAUCUUGAGGAAUAUAUUGACCAUAUUGACGAAAAAACUGCAAUCAACUUGGCACUCUCCAUAUGCGCAAACAUGGCACAUGAGGUAAAUACAUAUAUAAGCCCAUUUCUGCUGCGAAAAAUAGGCAGUGGUACCGACUGGGAACAGUGCAAAUAUACCAUUUUUGUUAUGUGGCUCUACCACCUGAAAAACGCACCAGAAGCAGCAUCAUCUAUACACAAAAGAUGUAUAUAUGAAGGGAUGCGUGAAUGGCUAUUGAGGCAUGGAAAUGGUACACAAUUUAGACAGGAACUUGAUGAAGUAGCUGAUAUACUCCAAACUGAACUAGGGAUUAUGAAUAUAUCACAUAUGAAGCAUACGGAUAAUAUAGAUCUAGAUGCAUUGGAUACCGUCUAUAAAGACUCUGUGGAUGCCAUAUCGUCUAUAGACGUACUCAUAGAUAACACCCUUCACAGAGUAGUCAUCAAUGAAACGGCUUGCAGGAACUAUAUAGAUAGACCCAUAGGACCCGACCUCUUGAUACUAAAUAUGCUGGAAUCACACGGAGUCCAUGUACACUCAAUCAACUUCCAGCAUUGGAGAUCAAUGGAAAGGAAAGAUAAAAUAAGCUUUCUUAGAAAUAAAUUCGGUGACCCAGAUACUCAAUAAAGUAUAGUACCGUUCAUUAACAUGGUUUCAUUUAAUC